AAGAAUAGCUAUUGUUGAAGACAAGUCAUCAUGGAUUUCAUCAUGAAUUCAGCAUUUCCAAUGCCUGGUGACCCAGAGAUCCGCAUCAUCCUCUUUGGAAAGGCAGGUGCUGGGAAAAGUGCCGCAGGAAACACCAUUCUUGGCAAGAAGGUUUUCGAGGUUGGCCAUAUAACAAAAUCCUAUCAGUUAGGAAUCAGGGCAUGGAACAGUAAGCGAGUCAUCGUUCUUGACACUCCAGCUAUUUUUGAUUUUGAUCGUGAAGAACGCCAAAUUUCCCCAGAGAUCUGGAGCUCUCGCCAUCUUUCCCGACCAGGCCCCCACGCCCUGGUGUUGGUGGGCCAAUUGGACCAUUUCGAUGAGGUGGAUGAAAGGGCAAAAAGAUUGAUCCAGAAAGUGUUUGGCCAUGGGGCCAUGAAAUAUACCAUUCUCCUCCUCACCGGAAAAGAAAAAUCAGGCAGUAGAACCUUGGAUGAAUAUCUAUCAAACCAAGAAAAUAAGGCCCUUCAGGAAAUGAUGGAAGAGUGCCAUCACCGAUGCGUGGCUUUCAACAACAAUGAGACAGGAGAGAAGCAGACACUGCAGGCUGAAGCGCUGCUCUUGAAAAUUGAGCAGAUGGUGCGGGAUAAUUUGAAGAAGCCCUUUUGUGCUCUUGAAAUAGAAAACCAUUUGGAGCCACCUCCAGAGGAAAGGCAGGCUAUGGAAAUGCAUGAACAAAAGGAAGACUUGGGACAUGCACAGGAAGUAGAAAAAACAAAAGAUGAAAUGGAACAUCGGGAAAAGAAGAGAUCAAAUGCAAGAGGAGAAGGAUCUUUUGCUUACAAUCAGAUGGCAAGAGCAGCAAAUGCUGUCUAUGAGAGUCCAAGAGAAUCGGGGAGCAUCGGCUGCAGUUCCAAAGAGCCAGAGCUACGCAUCAUCCUCGUUGGAAAGACAGGGACAGGGAAAAGUGCUACCGGAAACACCAUCCUUGGGGAAAAGCAGUUUGAGUCCAGACUUGAAUCCAGCCCGGUAACAAAGUCUUGUCAACUGGGCAUCAGGGAGUGGAAGGGGAAGAGGAUUGUUGUUAUGGACACGCCACCCCUUUUUGACUCUCAUGAAAUCUGGAAUUUCAGGGAGAUCCAGCACUGCCUCUGCCUCUCGGGCCCAGUUCCCUGUGCCCUGGUACUGGUGGUUCAAGUGGGCCGUUUCACAGCAGAAGACCACCAGUUGGUAGAACGGGUAAAAAAGAAAUUUGGCAUUGCGGCUCAAAAGUAUAUGAUCAUAAUUUUUACACACAUAGAAAAACUGUGUGAUGUAAAGCUGGAAGAGUAUGUCAAUAAUUCAGAUAACAAACACUUUCGGAAGUUGAUUCAGGAUUGCAGCAAUCAAUAUUGUGGUUUUAACAACAACGAGACAGGAGAGAAGCAAGCAGCACAAGCUGAGGAACUGCUCUUCAAAAUUGAGGAGAUGUUUCAGGAGAAUCAAGAUGAGCCCUUCAGUGAUAUAACACAGGAAGAAGAAAAAUGAGAAUGCACGAAUAUAUGCAGAAGACGUUCCCCAAUAGAGCCCAGCUCCAAAAUAGGCCAGUCCACUAUGAACUGUUCUUGCUAAUUCAGCUGCCUCUCCCCUCUACUCGUCACCGUUCGUCUUUUAAUUUUGUCCGGUCCUAGUAGGUAAAGUCCACCUUUCCUUAUGUAUAUGAACAGCAUUGUUGAAAUUUGGAACCCAAACCCAUAAUAAUUCAACACAGUCCAGAGACUUAGAGCAUGAUUCACAAGUUCUCCUGUACAUGUAGAAGCUGUCUAUGAAGUUAUGUAGGUGAUUGCUUAGUGGACUGUACCACAAAUCAGUGCCAGACACAUCAUUUAGGGAGGCCUGUCAACAGGAGCCAAGCCUCAGUCUUACCAGCACCCAUUAAGCUGGAAAGUAGAAAGGGGAUGCUGUUUGCUUCUCUUCAGCCUAUAGAGAGGGGAACUGGGGUCAGGUAAAGGUGUUAAUGGAGUUUUGUCUCACUUGUGGGGGAAAGCAUUAACCUUAAAACUAAGGGUCAGUGACCAUUCCAAAUCGACACAUUAUCUACAAGACUGUAUUAAGAUUAUUCUCUCUUAUAAUCAGUCUCUAACAAGUAAUCAGCCCUCUGACUGAAAAGGGGUCAGAAGUUUCUUUAUUCCAGGCGUCAUGUGAAAACUUUGUAUUCCAGGAAAAAACUAUUCCAUGUUAUCUUUUAAGAUUUUUAUUUUAAAUUGUCAAAUCACACUUCAAAUGAUUAAAAACAAUGGUACAAAACCCACUAGCAUAUGUCAAUGAAAUCAGAAAUAGGCAGUUGUAUGUCAUUUUAUCCUAUCAUAAACGUAAAAGAGGGGGGAUUAGUGGGGAGAGGUGCCGUGGAGGGUAGGAAGGCUUUCUUCUCUGUUGCAGGGCUCCGAGGAUUGGGCUGUUUGCCCUUUGGUUCUGGAACCGCCAAAUGUGAAAUCUUCCCACUUGGGGAGGGGCAAGGAAACAGCCAGCCCUUGUCUAGGUUGGUGUGUUCAGAGGCUCCAUUUGGGACUGCGAAGAAAUACUUGGCCCUGAAGCUUCCAUGAAAAACUGUUUGGUCUUUUACCCGAUGUACAUCUCUGCCCUCUUCCCCACAAUGCAGCUUGCCCCCUUCCAGUGAGGUCAACCCCUCUGACCCCAAGGAGGGCUGGCAGCAAGGAGCCAAGGGACUCCACAGGGCUCUUCUCCUCUCUUCUUCAUGCUGCUCUUCCAGCAUUAAUAUCCUCUUCUCUUUUUGGCUCCCUCCACCAAGUGGAAUGCCUUUCCAGUGAUGUCAACAAAUUCUUCCUCCUUCUUCUUCCAGGGCUGGGUGUACUUUGAAGAGGUGGCUGUGUAUUUCUCCCAGGGGGAGUGGACCCUGCUAAGCCCAGCCCAGAGGGCUCCCUACAAGGAAGUCAUGCUGGAGAAUUUUGGCCAUGUGGCCUCUCUGGAUGAGGAUCCCUUUCUCCUGGGCUGUCUCCUUCUUGCUGUGAGGAGUGGCUAUAAGGAAGUCCUGAUGUGGAAGGAUGUGCUCAGUCUGUGUGCCUUGUGGCUGAUCUCUGACACCCUCCAUGAGCCUUCCUCUGAUGUGGAUUUUGGUUCCUUUGGGUAGGAGCCCCUGCCUGGCAGUCCGGUGCCUGGACCACAUGAGAGGGCAUCAGAAAAGGUGCCAAAGGACGCUGGGUCUGGAGAAGUGGGAGGGUCUAAGCAGGGGCUUCUCUCCAGUCUGGGCCUUGCCUUAAGUGGGCUGAGAUGCAGCUGCGGAGGGAACUCUGCUGGCUUUUCUGCCACUCAUUUGUUCUCAGUUGGGAUUUCCACUUCCACUUGGCUGGGAGCGGGCACAGAACUAGUAAUGCCAAGUGGGUACUUCUAGGCCCCAAACUGUACUCUCUCCCCCCCCCCCCCAUCACUUGCCUGUGUUUGCUGCCUGUGGAUAUGGAGGCUUCCUUCAGUCCCCAUGGCUAGUCUUUGAUGGACCUCUCCUCUGUGGAUCUGCUUAAUUCACUUGUAAAGUCAUGUGAAUUGUUCCCCUGAAGUUCUAGUCAUAACCGUGACAGAAAGGUCUGUUCUCUCCUUCGGCCCCUUUACAGUUCGGUAGUCAAUGAGACUUUCAGGCUAGCUAUGUUUCUGUGUGCAUAGGUGUCUCAUUCAGUUGUUCCCCUAUACUUCUAGCCAUAUCCAUGACACUGUUCCUAAUGGCUGGAUCUCCUACUACUGAAAGCCCAUAUUCUCCUGACCCGUAACAGGUAUCCUCAGCACGAGAAGGUAUUGGUUCAGCAUGCAAAAAAGGGGUCCCUUCUGAGAGAUUAUGUUUGCCCCCUCUCCCAGAUUCCCUCCAACCUUGGGACCCUCAUUCUCUUUGACAAUAGUGGAUCCAUCAGCACAGCUAUGGGAAGGUUUUAACAGAUCCCUACAGUCUCAUCUACACACUUCAGUCUCUCAGAUUCUCCAGAUUGCCCACCCUAGUGUCAAGGGGGGGGAAUCUGUUCCUUGAGAGCAAACACCUCCAUGCAUCAAGCACACACCCACAAUUGCUACCUCUGAAACAUACACAUGGCACUCAUUCUGUCCCCGUUUAAUGAUGCUGAGUCUCUAUGGUUGUCAUGAUUGUACCCACUCAUGCCAUUAUUUUGCUGAGCCUUGAUUUCACAUUGCUUUUGCUUUAACUUGAGUUCCUUUCACAGGCCUGCUGGAAAAUGAAAGCAUCUUAUCUCUCAUGGGAAUGUCUCCCUUUAUUACUCUGGCCUUGCUGUUGCAGCUGUGUGUGCCAAAAUGUGUUGCAAUCUACUACCUUCCUGGUGUCUAGACAAAGCUAUGAAACCUCUUUGAGAAUUUCUCAUGAUCUCUUCCCACCAUAGAUAUGUUUACUGGAGGGAGGGGGGGAGUAAUGGGACCUAUAUCAGAAUGUAAUUUUGUUUGCUUAACCAUUCCUGUCAAUUUUCUUAGUCGACUGUAGUUCUCUCUAUGAACCUUAUUGAUCUCUGAUUAAAGCUUUUUCA